CAGCCAUCGAUCCCAGCUCUUAGUGUGCUGUUCACUGUGCUGUGAUUGACAUCUUCUCUGUCGCUGGACUGAUUCACUGCAGGACUAUGGCUGUGUUGGGUGUGUCGGCAGUACAGGGCACUCUGCCGAUUAGACUGCACAGUGUGCAUGCUGGCAGGGGGCCCAUGAGUGGUUGUCAUGGUAACAGGCAGUGAGAUGGAGCAGGUAUCAGAUGACGAGUUGGACCAUGGAGCAGAGGAGGACAGCGAUAAGGAGGACCAGGACCUGGACAAGAUGUUUGGAGCCUGGCUGGGAGAGCUGGACAAGCUCACACAGAGUCUGGAUGAUGGCAGGCCUCAGAAAACAAUGCAGAAGCCUCCACUCAGGCAGGAGACAAACAUGGCCAACUUCUCCUACCGCUUCUCGAUGUACAACAUCAACGAGGCGUUGAACCAGGGCGACACAGUGGAUCUGGACGCCCUGAUGGCUGACCUGUGCUCCAUCGAGCAGGAGCUGAGUACCAUUUCCAAACCAAACUCCACGUCUCGCGGCCAGAACAAAGGCCAGCGGGCGCCCGGGGGUCGCAGUGCCAGCACCAAGCACACAGGCACCAGCGGAGGGGGAAGCAGCGGAGGAAGUGCCAACAGCAGUACCCGAGCAUCGCCGGCCAACACCGUACGAGGCGGCAGCGUCAGCGCCCGCCCCGCCGCCUCCAACAUCUCCCUGGCCGACAUCACCUCUCAGCUGGAGAAGGCCUCUCUCAGCAUGGAUGAGGCGGCACGUCAGACCUCGUCCUCUUCUUCUUCCUCCUCCUCCUCUUCUUUCUCCUCCACCACGCUGCGGCGGCCCUCGUCGGGGUCGUCCGGCGGCGGGCAGCACCGGAGGACCGGCUCGGUGGGUGCGGUCAGCGAGCAGGAGGCUCCGUCCCAGCGCUCCAGCGUGAACUCGGCGUGCGCCUCGGCGUCCAGCAUGGACUCCCUGGACAUUGAUAAAGUGGCGGGCGGAGAGGUGGAGGGCCAGAGCAGCCCGAGCACGCAGGGACAAAACCAGACCAGCACAGAGGAGGAGCAAGCUGCCAAAUUGAAGGCAGAGAGGAUCCGAGUCGCCCUGGAAAAAAUCAAGGAGGCGCAGGUCAAAAAGCUGGUGAUCAGGGUCCACAUGUCGGACGAGAGCUCCAAGACCAUGAUGGUGGACGAGCGGCAGACAGUCAGGCAGGUGCUGGACAGCCUGCUGGAUAAGUCACACUGUGGCUACAGCCCUGACUGGUCCCUCGUGGAAACCAUCACCGAGCUCCAGAUGGAGCGUAUAUUCGAGGAUCAUGAGAACUUGGUGGAGAACCUUUUAAACUGGACCCGGGACAGCCACAACAAGCUCAUGUUCAUCGAACGCAUCGAGAAAUACGCUCUUUUCAAGAACCCUCAGAACUAUUUGUUGGGGCGGAAGGAGACGUCCGAAAUGGCCGACAGGAAUAAAGAGGCUUUAUUAGAGGAGUGUUUCUGCGGCGGCUCUGUGUCUGUGCCGGAGAUUGAGGGCGUCCUGUGGCUGAAGGAGGACGGGAAGAAGUCGUGGAAGAAGCGUUACUUCCUCCUCAGGGCUUCGGGAAUCUACUACGUCCCCAAAGGCAAAGCCAAGGCGUCCAGAGAUCUGGUGUGCUUCCUGCAGUUGGACCAUGUUAACGUGUAUUACGGCCAGGACUACCGCAGCAAAUACAAGGCUCCAACCGACUACUGCUUGGCCCUAAAGCAUCCACAAAUCCAGAAGAAGUCGCAGUACAUCAAGUAUCUGUGCUGCGAUGAUGUCAGGACCCUGCACCAAUGGGUGAAUGGAAUUCGUAUCGCCAAGUAUGGGAAGCAACUAUAUGUGAACUACCAGGAGGCCAUGAAGAGGACAGAGGCAGCCUACGAUUGGUCCUCUCUCUCUACCUCCAGCAUCCGAUCAGGCUCCAGUUCUGCCAGCAUACCUGAGUCUCAGUCGAAUCAUUCAGGACAUUCAGACAGUGGAGUGGACACGGGUUCUUCUCAUGGCCGGUCCCAGAGUGUGGUGAGCUCCAUCUUUUCUGAGGCCUGGAAGAGAGGUACCCAGAUCGAGGAAAACACCAAGAUGAGAAUGGAGGCAUCCCGAGGAGCCACGCUGCCACAUGCUUCCCACAGUCACCGGCAUCACAGCCAGCAUUCAGUUGAUCAUCUAACUCUCACACCCCCUCCCCAGCCUCAGGUGCAGCCCCAGCCCCAGCAUCAGGUGCAGCAUCAGCCCCAGCAUCAGUCCCAGCAACAGCCCCAGCAACAGGCCCAUCAACAGCCCCAUCCCCAGCAUCAGCCCCAGCCCAACCAACAAUACCCACCGCAGCCCCAGCAUCAGCCCCAUCCCCAGCAUCAGCCCCAGCCCAUCCAGCAGUACCCACCACAGCCCCAGCAUCCACCAAUGCAGCCCCAGACACCAACCCAGCCACAACACCCCUACCUGCCUCCCCAGCUUCAGUCUCCUCAACAGGCACCGCCAGUACAGUUGCCUCAGCAGCGUCCACCACAAACACCAAACCACCGUCUCCACAGCAACAACAACAGCCACAGACCUUCAGACGGUGUCGCACCACUCUCCGGCCCCCACCACAUGUACAAGUACAGCACCAUCACCAGGCUGCAGAACCAGAAGGCCUCCCAGGCUGCCAAUCACCAAAGCUGCCCAUGCACUCACGUCAACCCAAGUAACCACAUUGCGAAGGACAAUGUCCCUCCCUCCACCUCCUCCUCCCCCUCACCAUCAUGCCAACCCCUGGGUCAGCAUGGCGUGUUUGAAGCUGGGACCUCCCAGCAGCGCGCCACUUUCAUUCCUCUCCCCCAGCACCUCACAGUCAACGGUGGCAUUCCCUCCACCUCCGCCACCUCCACCCCCUCCCGCUGUUUCCGCCUCCUCCGCUCCGCCACCGGCGCCACCCAACCUUCACCCCAGGCUUGUCCCUCACACCACCCCCAAACCUGUGUCACCCGUCUCCCCAUUCCCUCCUGCGCCACCUCCUGCUGCCCUGGCUGGCCCGACACCGCCACCACCUCCACCCCCUCCUCCACCUCCGCACCCUUCAAGAAGCAGUUCAGCCUCCAGACAGGCCACAGCUCCAGCCAUCCACCUCCAACUCUGCCAAAGCAGCACAGCCUGUCCAAGCAAGCGCCCAUCACGACGGGAGGCCCUCCGACCAUGUCCCUGGUGAGCAACUGGCAAGCCAGUUUCCUGGAGUUCAUCCCAGGAGCCAAUCACACGGAGAGCCCCCCAGCCCCCCUCUCCCACCCUGCAGUCAAGACCAAACCAAAAAUGGCAGCCUGGUGGUGGCCAGCAGCUGCACGUCUCCAGAGUUCCCCCCCUCCACCUCCAGACAACAACGCCGGCUUCCCUGCCCCUCCUCCUCCUCCGCCGCCACUCCCCGGCCUCCUGUCACAGGGCCGACUCCACCCUCCACCUCCUCUCCUCCUGGAAACCUGGGCUCCCCCACACGGAGGACCCGCAACUGGACCCCCUGCUCCCCCCAAACCAGGCAAGCUCAACCUGUCCAACCUGCCUCUGGCACUCCAGGCCAAAGUUAGCCAGGCGAACGGGGGACCUCCUAGGGUAGCCGUAGUCAACCCCCAGCCCAGCUCCUCCUCCUCCUCCGCCUGUCCCCUUGAGCAACUCAACAUGGGGGAAGAGCUCGCUGAAAAAGACUCCUCACCCCCACUGGGGCGGCGUAGCAGCAACACCACCCCGGAGCCCCCUCCAGUCUCCUCACCUCCACCCACCGUCCCCAAAGGGCAGCUCAGGCCAGCCAACUUCCUGGGGACCUCACCGGACACUGAGCGAAAGUCGUGGGUCGCCAAGGUUCUCUCAACUCAGCUGGCCUCACGGCAUCAUCCCCAGCAUCAGCCCCAUCCCCAGCAUCAGCCCCAGCAUCAGCCCCAGCCCAUCCAGCAGUACCCACCACAGCCCCAGCAUCCACCAAUGCAGCCCCAGACACCAACCCAGCCACAACACCCCUACCUGCCUCCCCAGCUUCAGUCUCCUCAACAGGCACCGCCAGUACAGUUGCCUCAGCAGCGUCCACCACAAACACCACCGUCUCCACAGCAACAACAACAGCCACAUACCGUCAGCAACAACAACCACAUGCCCCCACAGCAGCAGCAGCAGGAGUUUGCUCCUCCACCCCCGCCUCCCCCUCCGCCGCCGCCUCCCCUUCCUCCCCCACCUCCAGUUCAGACAGUGUCGCACCACUCUCCGGCCCCCACCAUGUACAAGUACAGCACCAUCACCAGGCUGCAGAACCAGAAGGCCUCCCAGGCUGCCAAUCACCACAAGCUGCCCAUGCACCUCCACGCAACAGCUCAGCAAGUUCUUCCCCCGAUUCCAACACCACCUGCCGCACAGGUCAAACCCAAUGUCAACCACAUUGCGGCAAGGACUAAUGUCCCACCUCCCCCUCCACCUCCUCCUCCCCCUCCACCAUCCAUGCCAACCCCUGGGUCAGCCAUGGCUGUGUUGAAGCUGGGACCUCCCAGCCCAGCUGCCCCACCUGCCUUCAUUCCUCCUCCCCCAGCACCUCCACAGAUCAACGGAGUGGCAUUCCCUCCACCUCCGCCACCUCCACCGCCUCCCGCGCUGGCUCACAUGACCCAGCCUGUUUACUCCACCGGGCUGAAGCAGGCGCUGAAGGAAAGGUUUCCCAGCCCGCCACGGGACCUCCUCUCUCCAAACGGAAGCCUUGAGGAGUCCCCACCGCCUGCUCCAGCUCCAUCACCCCCACCUCCUCCUCCUCCACCUCCGCCGCCACCUCCUCCUCCUCCCCAGCAGUUCCCAGUGCCGUGCCAGUUUCCGCCUCCUCCUGCUCCGCCACCUGCGCCACCCAAAACCUUCACCCCAGGCUUUGUCCCUCACACCACCCCCAAACCUGUGUCACCCGUCUCCCCAUUCCCUCCUGCGCCACCUCCUGCUGCCCUGGCUGGCCCGACACCGCCACCACCUCCACCCCCUCCUCCACCUGCACCCUUCAAGAAGCAGUUCAGCCUCCAGACAGGCCACAGCUCCAGCCAUCCACCUCCAACUCUGCCAAAGCAGCACAGCCUGUCCAAGCAAGCGCCCAUCAGCACGGGAGGCCCUCCGACCAUGUCACUGGUGAAGCAACUGGCAAGCCAGUUUCCUGGAGGUUCAUCCCAAGGAGCCAAUCACACGGAGAGCCCCAAAGCCCCCCUCUCCCCACCUGCAGUCAAGACCAAACCAAAAUGGCAGCCUGGUGGUGGCCAGCAGCUGCAGUCUCCAGAGUUCCCCCCUCCACCUCCAGACAACAACGCCGGCUUCCCUGCCCCUCCUCCUCCUCCGCCGCCACCUCCCCCGGCUCCUGUCACAGGGCCGACUCCACCUCCACCUCCUCUCCCUCCUGGAAACCUGGGCUCCCCCACACGGAGGUCACCGUCUGGCUCCUUCAGUCUAGGAGGGAAGAAACCUCCUCCCACCCCGCAGAGGAACUCCAGCAUCAAGUUCAACUCCUCGGCUUCCUAUGAGGAGUCCAGGAGGAACUUGCUCAGUAAGUUUGCUCCCCAGAACAGCACCCCUCCUUCCUCCCCGUGUCCCGCCUCCUCAUCCACUGGAUCUCCCUCUAAGGACCCCGCAACUGGACCCCCUGCUCCCCCUAAACCAGGCAAGCUCAACCUGUCCAACCUGCCUCUGGCACUCCAGGCCAAAGUUAGCCAGGCGAAGCAAUCCGGUGGCGACUUCCCUUCGCCACCACCUGAGUGCGCCUACUUCCCACCUCCUCCCCCAGCUUCAGAGCUCUUCCCGCCUCCUCCACCUCCUGGUGGUGACGCCCAUAGCGGAGGACCUCCUAGGGUAGCCGUAGUCAACCCACAGCCCCAGGCACCUCCUCCUCCUCCGCCUGUCCCCCUUGUGAGCAACUUAACAUGGGGGAAGAGCUCGCUGAAAAAGACUCCUCCACCCACACUGGGACGGCGUAGCAACACCACCCCGGAGCCCCCUCCAGUCUCCUCACCUCCACCCACGUCCCCAAAGGGCAGCUCAGGCCAGCCCAACUUCCUGGAGGACCUCAACCGGACACUGAAGCGAAAGUCAGUGGGUCGCCAAGGUUCUCUCAACUCAGCUGGCCUCACGGGCAAGCUGGACCCCGCGGGGACUAUGGACGACAUGGCGCUUCCUCCGCCGCCCCCUGAGCUGCUCCUGGACCAAGGGAAGCAAAGCAACGGAGGAAACGGUGGCUACAUGUCCGGAAACAUCUCAGGCUAUGCAACGCUACGACGGGGACCCCCGCCUGCACCACCAAAACGGGGGGACGCCACCAAACUGACUGGAGAGUGUUGAACUCGGAUGAACAGACAAUGAGAGAAUAUAUGAGAGUGAACACGGGAGCGAGGUUCCUCAACUUCUUCUGUCUUCGACCAUGUAUAUACUAAAUCCCAAACCAGACCAUGAUCAAUUAGUGUUUGAUUACUGAUUUUUAAUUGGCUUGGCUUUCUGGAUCUGUGGGGUUUAUAAUAUUGGGACAAUUAAGACUGGAGCAGGUAAGUUUGAGGUCGCAGAGAAGCACAAUAUUUUCUGCGAUCGUCUAAACUCUCUGGAAGACUUUGCAUCGCCCUGUAUGCUAAACCCCACCCGUCCGGUACACCCCGAGCACAUUUAAACAAACACUAAUAAGAACUGUGCAAAUAUUACUGGAUCCAGGUCUGAGCCAAACCGUGUAUCCGCUUCUUUGCCAUAAGUUUGUGCCACGUACUGGAGACGAAAAAAAACAAAACACCAACCACAUCAGGAUCUUUGGUACUGCAUGGACCUCUGGAGCUGUAAAACAUGAAGCUGUUAUUUUUUUUUUUGUGUGUGUGCAUGAGCGAGAGAGAGAGAGCAUACAUGCAUCGUGUACAUGCAUGCAUGUAUGUAUGAACACAUGGCGGUGAAGCAGUUAAGGGAAGGCCUUCGCGGAGCGGGGAUGGUUAGGUUUGCUUUUAUAUGAAAUUAUUUAAUGAUUGAUAAAUGGAAGGAUUUUUUUUUAAUCUGUCUUUUAAUAGCUGGUCAACAAAGUCUAGAGAGGAACAAAAUAUUAGGGCACAAAGGAAUGUAUACGGGAAGGCAUAUUUGAAAAACUCCAAACAUUUCUCGACUGUUUUAACACUUAGAAGGAAGCCUUAUUCCCAAAGUCUUGCACAGAAGGUCAAAGCAGAAUUUCUUCCAAACGUCCAGCAGAGUCUGGGCUGUGCAACUGGAAAUAAAACACACUUUUUAUUUAAAGGACUGGGUGGGGGGAGGCCUGUGAUGGUGUAUCUUCGUAGACUGUGUGUGAGUUCCCAGUUGUUGUUUUUUUGGACCUUCAGUUUGUGUGUCUGUAUAGUUGCAGCAGCUGCUCCGUUAACUGUCACGAAUCAGGAGGUAGAAUGUACAGAUCGGAUUCAGUCGUCGUCUCGUCCCCCCACAACAAGGUGACCCCAGUUGAAACACACAUACAACCAGUCUGGUUAAUGUACAAAGCAUUGAAUCGUGUAGACAAUAACAGAAAUCAUCCCACCGGCAUUCAACUUUGUGUGUCUAUUGUGCCCUGUUUUGUUUUUUUAUGGUGCCAUUACUGCUUCAGCCCCUUCCUCAAAGGGAUGAUCUCUUUUGAUUUUGUACCUUUUUACAGAGUGGAUCAUGAAGGGUUUUUAUUUCUAGCAGCAAUGCCUUAAUUUGCAGGGGUGCUGCCUUGUGUGUCAGGAUGGACAUAUCAACAGUAUAUCAUUCAAACUGGUUCUCAAUUGGCCCGAGUGUGGAAAAGUGUGCUGUGAAAAUGGGUUACGAAGGCAGUCGCCUCCACACAAGCCUCGUUUUUUUUUUUAAACAUGCUUUCUUUUGUCCUACUCAGCCGCAAGCUGGUUGAAUCGCCAACUGAAGGCAGUGUACCAUUACUUUUAGAAUUGUCCUUGAACAGGUUUGCUACAGUACAGUAUGUAAGUUAUUGAUGUGCUGAUGUGAACACGUGGGGAGGGGGGGCCCCAAGUGAAAUGAAGAAAAAAUGGUUGCAGAUAAGAGUAAAUGUGUCCUCUUUGCAUUUAAACUGAAAAUCACAAUAUAAAUGUUCAAACCAGA